GACGAAAGGGGAAAGCUUUUUGUUUUUGACAGCCAGCGACUCGACAACUCUAGUCUAGACGAGAAAAGAGCAACUACUCGGGAACUUAAGCACAUGGCAUUUUCGUGAUCUUUAGAGUAUAUUAAAUGCUGUAAUCUUUCGAUCAUCACACCAAGCACAAAAUGUCUGCAGACGACCAAGUUUUUCUCGACGUUUUGUCGUCCAUUCCCAACGAAGUCCGUCGAUACUCGGGCGAUGUCGCCGAUUACAUCGACAAGCACGUCGAAAAUUUGGCCGGGCAGCUACGCACACAGCUCUCAUCGGCCCAAUGGAUCCCCGAGUCUGUCCGCCCGCGACCACCCCCGUCGCGCUUUUCCGCACAGAUUGUACCGCAAUCUACAUACGAAAAGGUUGAGGACUGGGUUUCAAGACACAAGUUGCUUACGGGCUUGAUCGUGCUUGCGACGGGUACCGUCAUGUACCAGUGCUACCGUCGCAGCCACUUUUGCCGCAAGACGCGCCGGGCGAAGCGUGCCCGUAAUGGCGGCCGCUUGGAGGUUGUCGUAGUUGCGGGUAAACCAAGUUUGCCGCUGACCAAGGCUCUCGCACUCGACUUGGAGAGGAGAGGUCACAUCGUCUACAUAGUUUGCAACUCGGUCGAAGAUGAAGCCAUGGUGCGCAACUUGUCGAGGUUGGACAUAAAGCCUUUGUCCAUCGAUAUUACAGAUCCUCCAAGCGCAGGAGCUUCGAUAGACCACUUUGCCCAAUACCUCCAAACACCCCAUGCACCUGUUUCUAAAGCAAAAGCCAACUACCUCACUCUUAAAGCCGUCAUUCUUGUACCAUCUCUUAGCUACCAGACCUCCCCCAUUGCCACCAUACCACCAUCAAGCUUUGCCGACCUCUUCAACACCCACCUUCUUCAUCCCAUCCUCACCAUACAGGCCUUCCUGCCCCUUCUAACCGCGCGACUAUCGACGCAACCACCAGAACCAGAGAUCGGCCUGGAUGGAAAGGUAUCAAAGACCAGCAGCCACUCCCCUCCAAAGGUCCUUGUCUUCACUCCGUCCAUUAUAUCCUCCAUCAACCCGCCCUUCCACGCCCCAGAGGCCACAGUCUGCUCCGCUCUGUCAGCCUUCACCGAGGUUCUCACGGCAGAGCUCCGUCCGCUCUCAAUCCCUGUCACGCACGUGCAGCUGGGGACGUUUGACUUUGCCAGCUUCACACCAUCAGCGCAAGCCGGCGCGGCUGCUACUGCGCGCGCGGCACUGAUGCCCCCAUCGUCGGACAGCUCAUCGGAGACAUCGUGGCCUGAGGGGGCACGCCACGCCUACGGCCGCAACUUCAACGCUCAAGCCGGCUCUGCAACCGUCGGCUCCGGUACCGUCUUCCGCGGCCUGCGCGGGACUGCGCUGAGGGAACUUCACAACACUGUCUUUGAUAUUAUUCACACCGCUGGAGGUGCCCAGCCGCCUACGCUGGUGCGUGUCGGCCUCGGCGCUGACCUGUACGGCUUUGUCGGUCGCUGGGUGCCGCGCGGGUUGGUGGCCUGGAUGAUGGGCGUGAGAAAGGUCGACGACCUCGCGGCCUGGCAACCCGCUUCGGCAGAGAACUCGCCGAGGUCCGGUAGCGAGAACGGUGACUUUAUCGCCGUGUCUGGGAGCACCCUGGGUGCCGACGCAACAGACGCAAACCCCUGGAGAGCCCCUGUAUAGUCAGCAACGAGGAAUAUUUUGAAUGAAAGUACACGUCCGCGGUCAGGGUAUGGACUUAGCGAGACAGGUAUCUAGAUAGGAUCUGAGAUACGUGAGCAAAAUCGCAUCACAUCUUGGAUCAGAGUGAUUUGCCAUGGUAUAAAACGCCACUCUCUAAAACUUAAUAAAGCAAGCCACGCCACCAACGCCAAACAUGUACAGAAGAACUUGAGCUAAAUAAAAAAAAAAACUCCAUGAUGCAUGCGUGAUUUUAAAACCCUCAGUACCGUCCCCUGCCCCUAUGACCUCCACCACGGCCUCUCCAGCCGCCUCUUCCGCCACCGCCACCAAACUUCCCAUCCCGCUGCCCGUAACCUCCCCUCCUAUCACCCCUCUGCUGUCCACCCCUAUCACCAUCCUCAUGAUCCUCGUAGGCCCCUCCCCUCGCUGCAAAACCCAUCGCAUCCUCCUCGCCAACCGGCUUCUCGACCUUGACCGUCGGCGGGUCGAGCUUAGGAUUCCAGCCGGGGUGAGCACCCUGCUUACACAGCCUGCCGUCGGGACAGAAGCCGCAGAGGUAGUACGGGCACAGGUUCCGCCUGACGUGCUUCUUGCUGCACCUGGGGCCGAGCGGACAGAAGCCCUGGUCGUAGUGCGGACACGGCGGCAGCUUGCUCUGCGGAUCGAUGUGUAGGUAAAGACACUCCUCGCCGUUCUGGCAGUAGCCGUUGCGUAUGUAAAAAUUACACUCUGGCAUGCGACGCAGGUUGUACUCGUGCAGGAACUCGCACCCGUCGCCCUUUUUGCAAAGCCCACGCAGCCAAUGCUUGCACACCAGGCUGUUGAAGGCCGGCCCGUCGCGCUUCCCGCUCCCGUACCCCGUCUGCGCGCCCGAGGGCUGCGAAGGGUCCGCGACGUGCCGCUCCAGGCACCGCGUGCCGUUGGGGCAGUUGCCCCCCGACGCGUACACUUUGCAUAUCGGUCGGUCGGACGGCAGGCUGUGCUGGUACGUCUGCUGCAGGAACGGCGUGAAGGAGAAGCUGUACUUGGGCGCAGAGUGCGCGAGCAUCGCCUCGGCGAUUUUGGCGACGCUUGGGGAUGCCAUCUUUGGGAGGUUUUGGAGUUGAUCUUUUUUUUUCUUUCUUGUUUUUCCUCGGGCUGGCCCGAGCUGGCGGGGUGGGAUUUUAUUCAAGCUGUAAAUGUUCUUCUCUUCGGUUUGGGAUCGUUUUCUAUUGUUGUUUCUCGGGAAUAUCGACUCGAUAGGGUGAAGAUUGACUGAGAGGAAGGCACUGGCCGAAAGUUUGAUUAGCGAUCCUGG